AUGGCGCCGCGCAUUCCGACACCUCCCCCCUUCAACAUCACGCUCAUAACGCUGCGAGGGCUUCUCUCUGACGGGCUGGCAAACGUCACGAUCCACGAUAAGCAGCCCGUCUCUAAGAUGUCGGAGAUGGAAGACCACGAAUCCUCGUCAGGGGGACUAGACGUCUUCGGGGUUGUACUUGUCGUCAUUGCCAGCCUGGCAGCCUGCAGCCUGGUCGCCAUGCUCCUCUAUCUUAAGUUGAGGGCCAACCGAGCGCGGGCUAAGAACCGGCGAGGCGUUGUCUUCGGCAAGGCCCCCCGGGGUGGCCGGAAGCGCGAGCACCCCUCCUUGCCGAGCGAUUGUAGCAGUGACCUCGAGACUGGCCAGGCUGGCCCUCGCGCCGCCCAGAGUGUCAACCCCGGAGUUAGGUUCGGAGAGGGUGCACCGAGAGAUCGACGGGCUAGUCUCGACAAGGAGUCCGAGAUGUGUGACGUUGACCUCUCCGAGGCUGGACAUCCAAAUCGUUGAAUUCUAAAUGCGAGAGCAGAUCGCAAUGGUAGCUGCUCGAGCGGCCCCAUGGUAAGGAUCCGUAACAUAUAGAAGACCACCGCAUUUAUGGCGCUGUUUACAAGGAUAUAAUGACGUGACACAGGCUACAGGGUCAUUUGAGAGAACGGGGAGAGAGUGCUGCUUAGCUAACAAUAU